UCUAGAGUCUAGGGAUUAGUAAGGUUAGCUCCGCCGCUUUUGCUUCUAGGCGUGUGUUAUCACGCGUGUUAUCUCACCGUUAUAUUUCAACCGCGAAUCAAUCUAUCCCACGUAGUGCAUCCGAUAUUCCACGUAUCUCGUACGUGCCAUGCACUCGUGCGUACGUACACCUAUGUUUGUACAAAUGUCACAUAAUCCGCCACGGACGUAACGGGUGAGCAGCGGUGAGUGGACAGCUCGAAACUCCGAAAUAUUGUGACGUCUACAGGAAUAGAUCUGUUUCUUUCGUACCACGUAGGCGCACCGAUGUAACUUGAGAACGAGCUCCAGUUGUGCGAUUCGAGCUGUCACUUUUUAUCACCAUCUGAUUAAUGUUGCGACAGGCCGGUCGCAUCAGCGGCUUUUUCCCAUGCUGAAAUGAAUCUUGAAACUGGUGGAAGAAUGUUCUGUCGACUGCUCCUGGCGAUCUUGCUUUUCCACCUGCAGGUCGGUGGAAAUUAUUUUGGGACUAACUCCAGGAAAGAUGAUCAGUGUUUCUGCAAGCUAAAAGGGUCUAUCGACGACUGCACUUGCAACGUUGACACUGUGGAUUAUUUUAAUAAUAUGAGAAUAUAUCCGAGAAUUCAAAGUCUUCUAGUCAGAGAUUAUUUUAGAUUUUACAAAGUAAACUUAAAACAGGAUUGUCCAUUCUGGGCAGAUGACAGCAAAUGCGCUAUACGCUACUGUCACGUGCUACCCUGCCAAGAUGACGAUAUUCCUGAGGGUUUAAAGGGAGAUAUUCCAAGGAAUAUUCAUAUUAACGAAAGCCCAGUAGAUAAAUAUACAGCCAAUGCGCAAAUUAAUGACUGCAGACACAGUGCGAAAGAUCAUAAUAUAGAACUUGGUUUUCUGAACACAACAAUUAGUUCGGAGAACUAUAAAGAAUUUGAGCGAUGGCAACAGCAUGAUGAUGCUCAAGAUAAUUUCUGUGUAAAAGAAUCUAGUCCUGGGGAAUACGUGGAUCUUUUACUUAAUCCAGAAAGGUAUACAGGAUACAAGGGAACCAGUGCACAUAGAAUAUGGCGAAGUAUUUAUAUGGAAAAUUGCUUUAGGCCUGAAAACUCGCCUCACAUUUUUAUAAAAUCUUCUAAGAUGAAUGGAAUGUGUUUAGAAAAACGAGUUUUUUACCGAGUUAUAUCCGGUUUACAUACCAGUAUCAAUAUACAUUUGUGUUCAAAAUAUUUGUUGGCCCCGCAAGACAGUUUACAAGUGUCACCUGACAAUCAAUGGGGUCCCAAUUUGGACGAGCUAGAAAGAAGAUUUUCUCCCGAAACAACAGGUGAUGAAGGUCCAAACUGGCUAAAGAAUCUAUAUUUUAUUUAUCUACUUGAGUUGAGAGCUCUAGCCAAAGCUGCACCUUAUUUGGAAAGAGAAGAAUACUAUACGGGCAAUGAAAUAGAUGACGAGGAUACAAGAUUGGCUGUGAACGACAUAUUGAAUGUUGUUAAAUCAUUCCCGGAACAUUUUAACGAAACAGUUAUGUUUACCGGUGGAAAAGAAGCACAAGUGCUGAAGGAAGAAUUCAGACAACAUUUUAUAAAUAUUUCACGUAUUAUGGAUUGCGUGGGAUGUGACAAAUGUAAACUGUGGGGUAAAUUGCAAAUCCAUGGCCUGGGCACCGCGUUAAAGAUAUUAUUCUCAGGAAAAUUUGACAAAUGGGAAUCAACGCUUAAUAACCUUAACCGGAAGUCAUUCUUUUUGGAAAGAAGUGAAAUUGUUGCUUUAGUGAAUGCUUUCGGAAGGUUAUCAGAAAGUAUUUUUGAAUUAGACAGAUUUCGCAGGAUGAUGAGAUAACGCACUAUCGAUUUGUAAUUAGAGAUUUACCAGCAGAGAUUUACCACUACGAAACAUCACAUAAGUACAUCACGUCGCUUAGAUUUUCUAUCUUUCGUGAUUUGCUCUCUUUAUUUGUAGAUCUCGGAUUUUGUUGCACCUGACCUAAUUGAGUUGCGCGUUUACGUUAAUAUAUUUUUGACGUUGCACAUUUAAAAAUUAAAUUAUCAUAAAUAUACACUUAUACAUUAUACAUUAUAAUU